AUGGGACACGGGCGCUCACUUCUGUUUCCCAUCGGGUUCACCCUCUUCCUGCUGGCGGUUGACGCGGCCAUCACCAUGGGCCUGGUGUCGUCCAUGGUCUCGUUCCUGCACCACAACGGCCGCGGCCCCUUUGCGGUCGCCCCUCCUGGAGGCUCCCUCUUCCUGCUCGCGGGUGAGCCGGCAAACCUCGUGACCGACCACGGCCACACGACCAAUGCCGCCGGCGGGACAGCCCUGGUCCUGGUCGGCCUGGGCGGGAGCAUCGCCCUGUGGCUGGAAAAGCGGGAACGCAAGAAGUGGGAUCGAUCCUCCCCCGCUUUUCAUCUCUGGACCCUCAUCGUCUUCCUCAGCUGGCUUCUCACCAUGGUCGCCCUCAUCUACACCUUUGUCGAGACAGACAAGACGGGCGGUCAGGCGAUCAACCUGGGCGUCGCCCGGGCAAACCGGCCGCCAACCAAGUACCCCGAUGGCAGGUGGACACCCGAAAACUGGUAUGCUUCCGUGCUAAACCUGCCGUUGGCGAGCGAGAACCAGCGGAGGAUAAUCGAGGGCAAUCUGACCAUCAUGCGGGCCUGGCGGUGGAACCUGGUUGCUCUGUUUAUCCUGGGAUUUGCCUUGCUGGCACUGGUGGCCCUGGAACAGCUCAGGAUGCGGAGGAGCGCUCAAUCGGUGCGGUUCAAUCACGUCAAGGAAGUUAGCGGACGUCGUGACUUCCGCUAA